CAGUUUCUCUUGGGAGUUAAAAUGGCCCCAAGAGAAACUGAAAACAAUGCUUAUGCAAAAUUUUGGGGUGACAAACAAAGAACAUUAUGGUAUGUCAUGGUAUUUCUGGAGUGGUCAAUUGGUUUAUUGUCACGUGUCUUUAGGAAGGACUGAACAAGACUGUCUGAGACAUCGACAAAAAUACUCUGGUUUGUUCCCCGUUAAUCCUAACACAGGAGUGGAUUACUUCUAAAAAUCACGAAUUGAAGUAGCCGAAAUAACUGGUAAGCUCCUCUGUAAGUUACUUAAGGAGUUUGAAAUCAUUUGUCAUUUUGUGCUUUGGCUCUGUUCAAGUGUCAUAUGCAAUAUAUCAAAGGAUAUUGAAUCCAGAAAUUAGUCAUUUGAAUAAGGAGUCAAAAUAGCAAAGGGGAGUUUUGGUUUUUUACAGCAAAUUAAGUUAGCUCUGUUGUUGUAAAUGGGAACAUGUUCCUUUGGCAUGCAGUAAUUGAAAUCGAAAUAUUACUUCAGUUUCACGUCGUGACGCACGUCGACUGGUAAAUCGCGUGACUGUGUUGCGUGCACGUCAUGUGAUAAGGAUUUGCAAGAGUCUGCGCUGCUUACGAUGUCACGCGAAAGUUGCGAUCGGGCGGGUUUUUGUUAUUUGGGUCUUGACAGAAUAAAUUUUAUAGUGAUUUUACUUACAGUUGUGUUUGGAUGGCUGUCAAUUUUGUUCGUUUUUUUCCUCUUUAGUAAUUUCUUUUUUCCUUUACUUCUUUGCUACUCAUUUUCCCUUUUUUUGUUUUUGUUUUUCCAUUUCGAAUAUAGUAUGUUUUCAGUACAGCGUCUUCGCUUCUGCUAAUCACUGCGUUACUCGUUUAUUUAUAUGGAUUAAAAGCCCCUACAUAGUACUUGAACAACUUUUUUCUUUAUUGCAUCAAACAUUUGUCGAGAGGUGAAAGUGGCGUUCACUUCACCAUUCUAAGAAAAAUAUCACAAAACUCACAGUUUUCUGACUCGCUUACCACAUUGUCACCACUGGCUUGUUUCGAUUACCAUUUUUAUAAAUUUUACUUGUUUUUUGAAACGUUCUUUUUGUAGUUUAAAGAGUACAGAAAUGGCCCAAUCAACAGUCAAACUGGCCUUCUCAACCUUGCUAGGCAUUCUGGGUUGGCACGGUGUAUUUUUGCUGUUUCUAAUAAUCGCACUCAAGCUUUUCCUUUGGGAGCCUCAUCAGGAAUCCAACAUUUAGAUGUCCUUGUACCUGGAAUGUGGCUUAUGGUACCAUUAUGUUCCUAUUUCCUUCUCUCACCUCCUACACAAUGGCAGUCUUUGCUUACUUUCGACAAGAUAGUAACAGCGCUCCUUGGAAGGUUUUGAAGAAAUUCUACGUUAUCAAAUACUCCUGUCCUUAUUACGAUGAGCGAACUGAGUGGGAUUUUCACGCUGAUCACUGCAUUAAAUGCCGACAGCUGAGGCGCGAUUGGUCUUUGGUGAAGAUCGCUGUGUCAGCAGUUUUUUCUCUUCUCUAUCCAUUGGUCUGGCUUUCACUAAGCUUUCUUCAAACAGCUUACUACGUUUGCGCUCAUGUUGGUCCACGAAGCGACAUCCUACAAAAUGUUUGCGAUGUGACCAUCCUAAAGCCAGACGACUAUGACAUGGCCUACGGUUUGGCGGCGAUUCGUUCAAAGACCGUUGGUAGCAUUCUCUUUGUGUGCACACUAUUUUUCGUAGGGGUCUUCGUGAUACUCUAUGGUGAAAUGAAAAGUUAUUUGUCCAAAAAGUUUGACUGGGACCCAAGUGGAAAAGGUGCAUCGAACAGUCUACAAGUUCAGGUUUCCAUUCAACCGGGCCCUACAUCCGGGUCUGCUGAAACGGCUAGUCUCCAUAGCAACAGGGAUACACCUGUUGCAAUGGACUCCGCAGCUGCAGAGAACGGAAGGCCGGUACGUAUAUCACGUGGAUUUAAAUUGAUUACUAGGAGCAGAAAUAAAAUACUACGACGAGUAAUACCUUUCCAAGGAAGGAUUAUUCUCUCUUGGUCGUCCACUUUUAUGAAGUGAAAAAAUGUUCCUACAUGCCAUAGUUUUGUCGAUAUUGCAAAAAUGUACAAAAUAUACAACCAAGCAAACAAAUUAGCACCUAAAUUGAAUAGCCUAAAAAUUACUAACACUAUUUCUCAUUGUCAUUUUAGUCUCCGCAAUCAGUUAACUGCGGCAACCGAGCGAUAACUAUCAAUUUGAGCAAUGUGUUUGCUGAAACACUUCAAGGCUGUCUUCAAGACGGCGCAUGGCAAGGAAUCGACAUAUGCUGUACGCAACAGGAAGAGAGCGGAAGCCGACAUGGAUCUUACACACCGUUCCGCCAGCUUCCUCGCUCUGCACGGAUACAGCAGUAACAAGCGGGACAACCUGGUUAUGAAUCAUUACCCUCUGUGACGUAGAAAAGCUAAAACAAUAAUAAACGCUAUAAGAAGAGAAUCAAUGAAAAGAGGGAAAUAUAUUUUUUUGUUUUUUGUUGUUAAGUUGUAAUCUUUUAAUAAAGCAGUACGUUUUUUGUAGUAUUAAAAGCUUAAACCGGAGGCUUAAGAGCGAAUCCAUGCAAAAAUCGACCAAAAUCGCCGAUUCGUGGCAAGGCUCAAAAAAUCAAAAUCGCUCUUCUUUUGCAGACUGGUAGACAUUAGUAAGUAUACAAACGCUAUGUAGUUUUUUCUUCGAAAGAUCUGUUCGUUUCCGAGAAAAACGAAAAAAACCGUUUCAAGCCCUACCGUCGAUUUCGCAAGCCAAAAACAGGGUUGAAAUUCAUCAUGAUUCGCUGGACUGGCGUUCCAAUACAGCCGCGCUAGGAAGAAAACUUAUUGCUAAAAUUUUAAGUUUAACUCGUCGUUGAUCAAAAUAUAUAAUAUUUUUAGCAUUACAACAGUCUAAGUAAUUAUAAAAAAAGCUAAAGCGUACGACUACCUGAUGUUUAGCCACAAAAGGGCGUUGAAAACAACGACGAUUUUCAUCAUGUGCCUUUGAUCAGAAUUUUUUCAGAUUGCAGGCAAAUACACUACAGGCAUCAAACCAUUAUGUUAUGCAAAAAUUAUUUUGGGGAAAUAAUUUCAAGCUUCUCAGAAAUUAUUUGAAAAUCGUUUUACAGACAACAUAAAGUAACGCCAUCUUAACACAUGCGUGACCAUCGUCAGUCGACCAGGCAAAGGUCAUGAAACGUCUCUCGGAAAAAGGUUUGGUAAUAUUCACGCACAAAGUUCUAAAUGUUAAAGUACUCACCCUGUUCUUUGUUUCAGGUCUAGUUUUACGGCAAAAUGUAAAAUGUUUCCCGUUGCCAUCUGUUCAAAUUUGCCAUUCUAUAUUAAACUCUGUUUGAGACUCAUAACCAACAGGCAUGCUUUCUAACGAAGUUCGCUUAGUAAACAAGUAGUAAACCCUCUCUUCCUUAUCUGUCAACAACUUUUGUCUCAAAAUGCUGCUAGACACCGCAGAAGGAAGCGCCAAUCUGAAGGAUAAAGCGCCCAUGCGAACGUUUUGUGACUCAGUAUGCAAAUUACUGUCAACAGUAAUAUCAGAUUACAGCUGUCAAGAUCCCGGGGCCCGGGGUCUGGACCCGCUAAUAGCAGGCGAAAAGCAAACGUACAACCUGGUAUAAUAUAACAUUUUUGAAAAUGAAGAAUUUAAUUGGUAGCCUCAAUGAAGAUUUUCAUUGCUUCGAGACGUGGGCAUUAUCAAAUCAACAGAUGUCUUAACAAAAAAUUGUGUACAUGUUUUCUUCCCAUCUUCACAGAUGGAACUUCCAGUUGUUGGCUGCACGUGGGCAAUUCUGGCCUGCACGUGCGGUAUUUCAGAGUGCCUUCUUAAUAUAUGACAAAUGUAAUUUCUGCUGUGCUAAAUGCCACUUUUCGUGAAUUGAAACAAACAUUUUUGGGGAGCGGGGGGGGGGAGGGCGGCGGUGGAGUACAAAAAAAAAUAUAUAUUCGCGCAAGGCAAAAUUAAAUGAAAAAAAUUUAUGCACGCCAAUUAACCCUAAAAAAUAUUCAUGCUACGGCCUAAAACUGAAAUUCAUGAAGGAAUUUGAUAAGGAAAAAAUUUCCGCGGCACAAAAAUUCCCCACCCCUCCCCCAUAACUCUUCUAAUGGUCCGUCCCUAAUAGAUAAGAUUUCUCUUCGUGAUCCCCAGUGUCCUGCGUUCUUGUAACAUUCUGCAAGCGCAUCUGCUACUGAGCUUGAAGUCAAUGGCUUCGUCAUUGGCCAUUUCCCCACACGUUGGCUUGAAUGAGGAACAAGUCAGUCGUUUGAAGUAAAUGUAAAAAAAAAAUAAAAAAAAAAUGAAACUACAACAACAAAUGCCAUCAGAACUGGACUAUGAUCUUUAAAUUUAAAAAAAAUAUAUAUAUAUAUCUAUAUAUUUACUCUGGGGAAAUCGGGUUUAAUUUCAAACUAAGAGAAAAAGUGAAAGGUUUAUAGUAUCGGACAGAUUAGGUGGAUUGGUACCGUACCCGGGAGACUCUGGGUUAUCUAAGAGAGUUGACAACUAUGAUAAACUUUAUACAGUAUUCGUGGAUUGAAUCUAAGUGACUAAUUAGUAUAUAAUACAGUGAAUAAACCAAGAGUACCUGAACCUACAGGAAUGAGGAUACCGGUUUGCUGAUAAAUAUAUUCUGAAAUGUUCUUCCUCUAACUCUUUUGUCGGCUUUAACAGGUUUCCCUCUUCUUUCAAUUAUGUGAUUGGCGCUUUCCUGUGGAACUUGGCACGAACUGGAAUAACUGUUCCGUCGCCAUCCAAUACCGAGCUCAGAACGAUGGAAAGGGGAUAUAUUAAAAGAACUUAGGGCGCUUUCCAUUUGUCAGAACUGGCCGGCUGGACCUUUGCCUGAGUUUUGCCUAAAAACGUUCUCUUUCGAGUAUACCAUUGCGGAUUUGACUGAUCUAGCUGAAGAGUUUGAUUAAAAGGGAAAUUAUCAUUGCGACGGGAAUGGUCUGGCUGGUCAGUUCUGAGCUAAAUAAAGUCUGUUUCGCUUUCAAUACCAGAAAGAGACCAUGUCAGUCAACCUAUGCCCAGUUACGUCCUUAAUAGUUUGACAGCGACAAAGGAACAAUCUCAGUUGAUCUCUGCUUAUCCCUCCUAUCAAACGAACACAGAGUACCUACUAAUGACUCGGAGGAGCACGAACCUUCCAUAGCUUCAUCGAAGAAGAGCGCACACAAACAGUGUUUUUGCAGAGAUCUUUUUUCUUUUUCAAGUGGGAAUGAACGGUUGAAUCAAAAUAAACUAAAUUUAAUUCGAUAAUGUUAAUCAAAUGCCUAAAAUGUCAAAAUAUUAAAGAUAAUUCUCAGGUAAAAUAAUGUCAACUGCAGUAUUUUUGAAGAAGGAGGAGUAUAAAAGAUGAAUCUUCUUCAGUGUACUGGAAGUAACGGGUGAAAGUCGGUGAACCUCGUCACGUGUAUACUCGGCACCGGAAGUAGACCCUUGGCACACUCCUAUGCAAAUCAGAUUACCCGUGAAGUGAACGGAUCCACGAGCAAGCAACUUCGCUUUGUUGACAGUUAAACUACCGAGCUUUGUUUUAUAGACGGCUUUUUUAAGGUCCAGGGUUCUCAAAAUUUUAACAAACAUGAGAUGUUAACUUGAAAACAUUAGAGAAAACAGAGGGAUGAAGAAAUUACCAGAAAGCUGUCACGCACCUUCAACGGACACAUAUUCCAGCGGACUUCACGACUACGGUAAGAUAGGUGAUAAGACGGCAAAAUGAAACAACUUGGAGCUUGAAGUACAACAGAUACAGGUUAAGGUGAGCUUUUUUAAAAAGUUGUUCUAUAUAUCAAGGCUACCAGCGUCGUAAAAGGAAACCUAAAGUCAAAUUGUUGGUGGUGGUUGUGUGACUCGUGUGUUGGAUGCCGUUAUUUUAUGUUGUCUGUAACACGAAUUUCAAAUUAUUUCUGAGAAGCUCAAAAUGAUUUCCCCAAAAUAAUUUUAACAUAACAUAAUAGUUUGAUGCUUGUAGUGUUUUCCCCUUCAAUCUUGAAAAAUUCUGAUCAAAGGCACAUGACGAAAAUCGUCGCUUUUUUCAACUACCUUCCGUGGUUGAACAACAGGUAGACAUACGCUUUAGCUUUUUUAUAAUUACUGAGACUGUUGUAAUGCUAAAAAUAUUAUAUAUUUUGGUCAACGACUAGUUAUACUUACAAUUUUAGCAACAAGCUUUUUUCUAGCGCGGUUGUUUUGAAAUGCAAGUCGAGCGAAUCAUAGUGAAUUUCAACCCUGUUUUCUGCUUGCGAAAUCGACCGCGGGGCUUGAAACGGUUUUCUUGUUUUUCUCGGAAACGAACAGAUCUUUCGAAGAAAAAACUACAUCGCGUUUGUACACUUACUAAAGUCUAUCAGUAUGCCAAAGAAGAGCGAUUUUUAUUUUUUGAGCCUUGCCGCACUUUGGUCGACAUUUGCAUGGAGUUGCUCUUAACACCAGAGAAGGAGCAGUUAAUCAAAGCAACGCUAACUCACAGAACUUGUGGCUAGUUGUUAGGUUUCUACUCCUGUUCUUGUUUAAAAGGG